AUGAGCGACUUGAAAGACCGUCUGGCGCGAUUGGGUCUGUCCCAGUACCACCAAGUGUUCGUGGCCGAAGGCUUUGACUCCUGGGAGACAGUGCUCGACAUUACCGAAUCCGACCUGAGCUCCCUCAACGUAAAACUUGGUCAUCGACGGAAACUACAACGGGCCAUUGCCGAAUCGCGCGGACAGUCAUCUGAGAAGCCACUUCCUAUUAAUCUUCCCCGAGCGGGAAGCACCGCAGGCUCGUAUCGAAGUGACGAUUCAGGGCCUGAAAGCAAAAGCAAGCAACCGGAGUCAAGCAACCCUUCAUCUGGUGUAACAGGUGCCAAGCGGAAAUACCGACGACAUCCAAAGCCCGAUGAGCAUGCUCCGGAACGCCCACCGUCUGCCUAUGUCAUUUUCUCGAAUCAGGUGAGGGAGUCCCUAAAGGGACAAGAUCUAUCCUUCACCGAGAUUGCCAAGGUGGUUGGCGAGAAAUGGCAAGUCUUACCCGCAGAAGAGCGCGAAGGCUGUGAACGACAAGCCAAUGGCGCCAAGGAAAAGUACUACGCGGAAUUGGCCGAAUACAAGAAAACACCGCAAUAUGAAGCUUACCAGAAGUAUCUGGAAGAUUUCAAAGCAAAGCACUCAGUUCCCACAAAAGGCAAGCGUUCAAAACUGGAUACAGAGACAAGCACUUCAACCCGGGCGGGUAGCAAUGAACAAAAUGAGCAAGCAGUAAACAGAAGAUCAAGUUUCACACAGCCAGAUAGCAAUACGCUCGCGCAACAAAAGUCGGAUUCCAGCCAACCACUUGGCCCUUCACGUCUUCCUGCAGGUCCUCCAUAUACCUCCAAACCCACAUCGCCGACCAAUCGCUCACUCUCUGGUUUUAAUUCUCCCCGGUCAGGAGAACAGUUCUCGCCAAUUUCCGCCUCUCCACGUUCCGCAGUCAUAGCAAGAGACGGCAUCUUUGAGCCAGCUGCAACCAGUUCCGUACGGGAUACUAGGGUUCCGUUCGACUCAAAUUCAUAUCAACAGUCUGCAUUCAAUCAGGACAAUAACCACCAAUCUUCAUCAACGCCACCACCACCCUCGUAUACAUAUCCAUCUCAUUAUCAAGCGCCAGCCGAUUUUCCCUCUCGCCGGGCACCGCGGGACACCACUCGUCUUCCACGCCUCAGUCACGAGGACACGACUUUGUCCUCGGAAAGUAGCCACAGUGGCCAAGGAGUGCUCACACCAAGCUAUCCUGAACAGGCCCUACCUGCCGAUCCUAGCAAGACAAUGCGUAUGCUUCCCCAGCCAAUCCCAAGCAUAGGACCUUCACCUUCGCCACUAGACCGACCCAUGGCACAUAUGGCGGCGCCGCAUUACCCUCACCACUCGCAUGACUACCGCACACAGGGUCCACUAGCGGUCCUAGUAAGAGCAGGAGAGUUGGCGGCAAGGGUAGCGGAUGAGGAUGCGGCGGUCAACGCGGCAUCGCCUUGA